AUGGAACGCCUCCCGGGCUUCAACGUUGCCAACAUACUGGAGAAGCGCCAGCUUCUCAUCGCCAUCAACUGCAUUGCUGCACUGUCCAUCUUCUUCUUCGGCUAUGACCAGGGCAUGAUGGGCGGCGUGAACAACGCGAAAGACUACAUUGACUUGAUGGGCUUUGGCUAUGUCGACCCCGUCACCGAGGAGCCAAUCAUCACGGACAGUUUGCUGCAGGGAGGCAUCGUCUCCGUCUACUACCUCGGAACCUUGUUCGGCUGCAUGUUUGGCGGCUGGAUCGGCGACAAGAUUGGAAGGGUAAAGACUAUUGCGGUAGGAGCCGCCUGGGCCAUUGUUGGAGCGUGUCUGCAGUGUUCAGCCAUGAACCAUGACUGGAUGAUUUGCGCUCGAGCCGUCAAUGGCAUUGGCACCGGCAUCCUCAAUGCCAUUGUGCCCGUCUGGGCGACUGAGACGGCUGAACACACCUCCCGUGGACAGUUCAUUGCCAUUGAGUUCACUCUAAACAUUUUUGGUGUCGUCGUGGCCUACUGGCUGGAGUUUGGUCUGUCAUACAUUGACAAUGGUAAUUCUGCCAUUCGAUGGCGAUUCCCCAUUGCUUUCCAGAUCAUCCCUCUCUUGGUCCUCCUGGCGGCUGUGUGGUUCUUUCCCGAAUCUCCGCGCUGGCUUGUCAAGGUCGGACGUGACGAAGAGGCUCGCUACAUUCUACGUCGUCUCCGAGGGUCCACUGGCGAUGAUGCCAAGCGAGCCGAGCUUGAAUACCAGGACAUCCGCAACAUUGUGCAACUAGAGUCCAAGGAGUCGUCCAAGAACUCGUACUUUCACAUGUUCUUCGGCAUUGGAUCCGGGGACCUCCAUACGGGGCGCCGUGUUCAACUCGUCAUCUGGCUGCAGAUUAUCCAGGAAUGGGUCGGUAUUGCCGGUGUCACCAUUUACGCCCCAACCAUAUUUCGCAUUGCUGGUUUCGAUACGGUCAAGAGUCAGUGGAUCAGCGGACUGAACAAUAUCUUUUACAUGUUUGCAACUCUCAUCUGUGUCUUUACACUGGACCGAAUCGGCCGCCGAUGGACCCUGUACUGGGGAGCCGUGGGCCAAGGGAUUGCCAUGUUCCUUGCCGGUGCCUUUUCACGUCUCGGCCAAGAUGCUACUAGAGAUGGCGAUGUGGCCAAGGCAAACUCAUAUGGUGCCGCAGCAGCAUCGUUUGUGUUUAUAUUCACCUCUGUGUUUGGCGCCACUUGGUUGACUGUACCGUGGCUCUAUCCAGCCGAGAUAUUCCCUCUUCAAGUUCGAGCCAAAGGAAACGCAUGGGGUGUCUUUGGCUGGUCGAUCGGCAAUGGUUGGCUAACACUGUUAUGUCCCGUCAUGUUCAGCGCCAUCGGCGAAAAUACCCUACACAUCUUUGGUGCAUGCAACAUUCUAGCAAUCCCAGUUGUAUGGGCACUAUACCCCGAGUCGAAUCAGCGAACACUCGAAGAGAUGGACCUGUUGUUCGCCGCGCCCACUCCUUGGGUGUGGGACGCGGAAAAGACCUUCGAACGUCUCAAGGUCGAGCAGCCAGGUUUGGUCCAAGCAGCCAAGAAAGGGGACAGUGUGGUUGAUCCUGAAGUCGGCGUCUUGUCACGACCAAAGGAUGGAGAAGUGCACGAGGAGGGUCUAGACAAAGUAUCCUCGUGA